AUGGAACAGCUGCCCGGCCUAGCCUCUCCGGGGGUCACGACACGGUCUCCUCCCUUUCCCGGAGCCUGCGCUCACGGGCCGGAAACGCAGCAGGACCCUAAACCAGCCCUGGCACCCCAACGGCCCAAGGAGAAAUCGCGCCUCUGGGUCAACCGAGCGCUGAACUCUUCGUUAACCCUCACAGCUAACCCUGGGGCCGGGACCCUUCGCCUUCUGCACAAUCAAGCGACCGGCCCGCUGCGGCAGGGGUCAGGGCCGCGGUCCCAAAUCCUCUCGGCACCACCUCCACUUUCCCGCCACCAGGAAAGCAUCCGGUACGGAGGAGAGGGGCCGCGGGCGGCGGGCGCACCCCGCGGGAGGAGCAGGGCCCGCCCGCGCGCCGAAGGCGCCCGCCUCGCCGCCCCGCACUCGCACGCCUCGGGCUUUCUCCUCUUGCCACCGCGGGCAGCCGCGGGCGCUACGCUUCCCCGCGGUCUUCACUGUUUUUCAUCCGCAGCGGGUGAGGUCUGGGGUCAGAAAGCAUGGGGCCGCAGGAGCUCGGCUGCGCGCAGCCGGCGGGCGAAGUGCGCGGGGCCCGGUUGCGUGGCAACCCCGCCGCCUAGGGCGCCCUCUACAGCAGGAACCCACCCUGGCGCAGGCUGCGGCGCCGGGUCGUCCCGGGGAACCGCAGGGGCGAGCUCGGCCAGGGCUGCAGAGCCCGCGCCUCCCCGCAGCGGGCGGAGUGCGGGAUGCAGGACCAGAGCGGGGGAGGCGCAGGGUGGGGGCCGAAAAGAAACCUCGAGCCGGUGCUUUCGCCCACGCCUGCGGGGUCGGAUUCGGGAUGGGGCCCAGCCUGGGCGGUCCACGGGCGGGCGGUUCUUUGAGAAGCGGCAUCUAGGGCCGGGGUUCUCAACCUCUGGGCUCAUGAGGAUCGCCCAAGGAGUUUUCGAACCGUCGCACGCCCAGGCUGUGUGCCCGACCGAAGAGCUCAGAAUCUGGAAGGGCAGGAGUCCAGUCCAGGGGCAGACACUCCCUCUGGAUUUGAAUCCUGAUUGGAUGGCCCGAGAGGCUGAACCAGCCACUGCCAUCUGCACCAGCUCUUCCUCACGAUGAUUUAGAGAAUCUUCAAGCCAAUGUAAAUAUUCGGCAAUCUGGCUAUAUACCUGCACGGUAUCUCCCGUCUUUUAGCAAGAACCAUGAGGACUACAGGAUACACAACUGUCUAGAAUUCUACUCAGGCCUGCAAGACCUCCUACAAGCAAGAAAGCACCUUCCCUGGAACUCGACGCGACAGGAACUGCAAGCUCCUAGACUGCUACGCAACCUCGACAUCAGCACAUGUACACGCACUGAGAGGCAUCAUCCAGUUCUGUAGGCAACUGCUGCUUUCCUCAAACAAUAACUGCCCUUUUAUUAUGCACUACAGGGAUACAUACUUGUCCCUCAGCAUCCUGGGAGACACAGUCCCUUAUAUAAAAGUGUCGUAAUUUGUAUAUGAUGUAUGCAUGUCCUCCUACAGAUUUUAAAUCAGCUCUAGAUCACUUAUGAUAAUAAAUACAAUGGAGAUGUCAUGGA